AUGGGUUUUGCACCCUAUGGUGAUUACUGGAGACAGGUUAGGAAGAUGAGUGCUGUUGAGCUUUUCAGCCACCAGAGAGUGCACUCGUUUCAGUUCGUAAGAGACGAAGAAAUCGAACUUCUCAUCAACAAAAUCCGUUCUACUUGUGGUAAAGGAGAGUCUAUUAAUCUAUCAAAGAUGCUUGUUUUCGUCUCGAGUAACAUAGUUUCUCGAUCCAUUCUUAGUCACAGAAGUGAAGCAGAAGAUGGGUGCAGCAAGUUUGGGGAACUGGUGAAAAGGCUAAUGGUUCUCUUCACCGGUUUCUGUGUUGGCGAUAUGUUUCCUUACUUGAGAUGGGUUGAUGUGCUUACUGGAUAUAUUCCAAGUAUGAAAGCUUUAUUUGCAGAAUUGGAUGGAAUUCUUAAUCAGGUAAUUCAGGAGCAUAGAGCUGUUGAAAGCCGCGAAAAGGACUUCGUUUCUAUCAUUAUGAAACUCCAAAAGGAUGGAGGAACUGAUACCAGUGCAACAGCAACUGAAUGGAUUAUGGCUGAACUCCUAAAGCAUCCAAAUGCCAUGAAAAAUGUCCAACAAGAGGUGAGAAAUGUGGUGGUGGGAAACAAAUCUAAGGUAGACCAGGACGAUAUAGCUAAAAUGGAGUACUUAAAGUGUGUAGUCAAAGAAACUUUGAGACUACAUCCUCCUGUUGUUUUUGUUCCUAGAAAAACAUCAGCAAGUAUUAAACUGGAAGAGAUCCCAAAUGGUGGGAAAACCGAGAAGAGUUCUCCAGAGAGGUUUGAGAAUAGCUCAAUUGAUUUUCAAGGUCAAGAUUUCCACUACAUCCCAUUCGAUUUUGGAAGAAGGGGAUGUCCCGGGAUGUCGUUCGGAGUUGCGUCUGUUGAAUAUGUGAUGGCCAGCCUUCUUUAUUGGGUUGAUUGGAAAUUACCAGCGGGUGAAAUUUUUGAGAAUGUGGACAUGACUAAACUCUACGGCCUCACAGUUUGCAAGAAAACUCAUCUUCAUGCUUUAGCUAUACCUCAUUCAUCUUUCUAG